AUUUAAUUUUAACAAAUUGUAUAUAGAGCAACCAAUAAAUGUCCGACCGAUUUCUAAGGUGCCAGUCCUAGAGGACCAAGAUGAGUGGCGUCUCACUUCGUCCAAUCUUCUCUCAGACACCAAUGGUGAUGGCGGCGGCGAAGAGGUGGAAGAGGAGUACGAUUCUCCCAUCGCCGGUAGACGACCAGGAUCGAACUACGGACCUUCAGUUUACAAGACUGACGCUCUACCACUGAGCUAUAAGGGCCAUUCGAUCGUUAGAUUUAACAUUCGAUAUAUAGAGCAGCGAAGAUAUGUCCGCUCAGCCACUCCUAACAAAGCAAGAUGAGCGGCUCGUCCAAUCUCCUCUCAGAUGCCGGUGGUGAUGGCGGGGGCGAAGAGGUAGAGGAGUACGAUUUUCCCAUUGCCGGCACUCCCUCACCCUUUGAUCUCUUCGACGACAAGGGCUCUGAAGAGGAUACUGCUAACGUUAGUACAGAAGAUAUUUCGGAAAAGCAGCAAUAUGUGGUUACUAAAUCCUCUGACGUAGUUCCUGCUAUUAAUCGCAGAUCAAAGAAGAAAAAGAAAAAAAAUAAGGAGAUACAGAAAUUCGCGAAAGGGAAAGUCGAAGAAUCAUUAGAUUCAAUUCUAGAAGAGCUUUCUAUUGAUGUAAAGGCUUCUAAUGAAAACAUCUGUCAUAGUGCUAAAGAACGAAAUGAGAAUGUGAUUGAUGCUACGAAAAAGCAAGUCGGUUCUUCAAUCCUAACAGCGGAUCCUAAACACUUAAAAGCUGAGUCUGAAUUGCGGAAAAUAUUUGGUUCUAGAGUUGUUAAUUCUUUUGAAAACAAUGAGAUUGGGGGCAACUUGAGGCAGAUGCAUGGUGGAAGACGUGCAAUUCACAACCCACGCAGAACCAUUCUUGUCACUCCAUCAAGUUAUUGGCCGCGAUGGGAUGGGUCUUUGUCCAUGGAAUUGAUCGAAAUAAAGGAUGGGCUUCAUUAUUUUAGUGAGAGUGGUGCAUAUUGAAGAUAAGUUAAUAGAAAAUAAGCUCCUGUGAUUUGGGUACAUAUACCAAAGGGAAGGAACUGCAGCACGGAUAAAACAAAUAUUUAAGGAUGAGAAAGCAA